CCUCCUCAAUGCGCCUCUGACUUCAGCCAGUCCAGCCUCUGGUUCGGGUUCUGGCUCUGGCCCCACCCCAUAUGUGAACAGCUUUUGUCACAAGUGAAAAAAAAAAAGUUCUUUUCAGAUUUUUUUCCUCCUCUUCCCCCUCCUUUCCUCCUCAGCAUCAAGUGCAGCCCGAGCGGCGCGUCCCGGCCGGACUUUCUCCACAGUCAGAGAAGGAGCGAUGCGGACACGGAGCCGUGGUGCUGCUGGUACCGGUCCGUCUGGGAUGCACUGAGCCAUCCGCCUGGUUCUGUUCGGAUCAUACCUCUGUGUCUGUGGGGAAAAAACACAAACAAUACACUGCGGAUUUGGCUGAUCCAUCAAUCGGAUGCAAGCAGAGCCAGGCCCGACUUAACAAUGGGCCCCAUACCCUUGUGCGUCCUGGUCCUGAUGACGGCGUUGGCUGUGGCAGCGGCGGUGGACAACGCGGCUGAUGACGAGUACACCUGGCCGCAGUGGAAGGUUCCUCUGGUGCGGAAAAGGCGCACGGUGCUGCUGAGCUCCCCCGACUUCUCCGCCCCACCCCAGCAGGAGCUAAGCGGCACCUGCGGGAUCGAAUGCCAGCGCCGCCUCCCCGCCCCCUCCCUGGACGACGUGGAGGAGUUUCUGUCUUAUGAGACGGUUUAUGAGAACGGCACGCGUACCUUCACCUCCGUCUCGGUUCAGGGUCUUAAUGAGGUGGUGUCCUGGUCUAGAAACACCACCUCUCCUUCUCGUCAGAAGAGGGAGGUGUACGGCACUGACACCCGCUUCACCAUCUCCGAUAAGCAGUACUCCACCAAGUACCCCUUCUCCACCUCGGUGAAGAUCUCCACUGGGUGUUCCGGAGUUCUGGUGUCGCCCAAACAUGUGCUGACGGCCGCUCACUGCAUCCACGACGGGAAGGAUUAUCUAGACGGAGCGCAGAAGCUACGAGUUGGAAUUCUGAAAGAAAAAUCCAGACGAGGGAAAGGAGGCAAAGGGCGAGGAGGGCGAGGAAAAGGCCGGAGGAGGAAGGGGGAAAAACCUCAAGAGGAAGCGCCCGAACAGGAGGAGAACAACGGGAAAGGGGAGCGGAAAGGGAAAGGGAAAGGCAGGAAGAGCCGGAGUCGACGCAGCACCGAGGUGGAGAAACCGUCCUUCAGGUGGACCCGGGUCAAGAAGACCCAGGUGCCCAAAGGUUGGUUCAAAGGCGUGUCCGAGGGCCUGGCUGCGGAUUACGACUACGCCGUCCUGGAGCUGAAGAAAGCCCCGAAGGUCAAGCACAUGGACCUCGGCGUCAUCCCGUCGAUCAAGAAACUUCCCGCCGGGAGGAUCCACUUCUCCGGCUUUGACGACGACCGGCCCGGGAACCUGGUUUACCGCUUCUGCUCCGUGUCCGAGGAGUCCAACGACCUGCUCUACCAGUACUGCGACGCCAAACCGGGCUCCAGCGGCUCCGGCGUCUACAUCCGCCUCAAAGAACCCGGCAAAAAGAAGUGGAAGAGGAAGAUCAUCGGGAUCUUCUCGGGUCACCAGUGGGUAGACGUGACCGGGGAUGGGAUGCAGCAGGAUUACAACGUAGCAGUGAGGAUAACGCCGCUCAAAUACGCCCAGAUCUGCAACUGGGUUCACGGGGACUCCAGCGAGUGCCAAGUAGCCUAAAACCACACCGGACCCCCCUACCGCCCCCCAAGCCCAUUCGUCCACUUCCCACUUCUCUUUGACACCAACCAGGGGCCCGUCGACUGCCUCCUUUUCACGCCUUCCUGUCCGACCCUGAACCCCCCAUCGGCUCCUGCUACACUGAUCUAAACCCACAAAGACUCGGUGUCGACACAUUUCUGUCGUCGACACAUCCAGAGAACUGUGGCUCUGCAGCUUUUCUAAUUUAUUUGCUAAAAAAAAAAAAAAAACAUCGAAAAAUAUGUAAUGUAUGUAUUUACAGAUCAGUCAGAUCCUCAUCGUGUCCUAUUUAGACAUUUUUUAUUUGACUUUUGGACAAAAUUUUGACAAGUGCGUAUAUUCAGAUCUUUUUUUUAAUGUGAGAAAAGCCUUGGUACAUUUGUGUUAUAUAACAUUAAGGCUUCUAUAGCAAAUUUAACAUAUUUCAGGUGUUUUGCACCACUGUAAAAAGAACGAACCAGUAUUGGAUUUGACAAAAGACCCAGAAAAAGUCAAUGUAACUUGUGUUUUAUGAGCUAUACAGAGAAAGCAUUAACUGGUGUUUUGCAUUGUGUAUAUCUAGAACAUUGAGGUUUUUUUACAACUACCUUUUAAAAUAAGAGUAUUGUUUCCUGUUUUACUAGAGAAAGGCUCCUCUCGGAUCCUAAAUAGAUGUUUUACCCUUUUUUUUUUCUCUCUGUUCUUGCAACGCAGUGAAAUGUGGUUUCAUUGUUGUGCACAUAAUUAUAUCGGUGCUUUUCCAGAAAACGUGGUGCUAAUUUAUGGAAUUGUAAACUUUUUUUUUUUUUUUUUUUUUUAACAGGGGUGGGAAAUUUCUCGGAAUAUAUUUUGAAAGCCUUGUACUGUAACUGUUAAUGUGAGGCUACAUAUGGGACUGAACCAUUCUGCAGUUUUACUUGAGCUGUUUAGAUUCGUCUACGAAAAAAAGUCACAUUGUUCAUUCAUUUUAAUCUGGAUUGUGAUAUUUUUUACCUUUUCGUGUUGCUAAUAUUUCUCAAUUUGAUGGAAAAUACAUGAAAUUCUUGAUGCAGAUUGAGAACAACCAACCAUUAAACCAAGAUUACUA